CAGGCGGGUGCAUGCCGACUUUUUGGCUGCGGGAGCCGAUGUGGUGGGCACGAUGACGUAUCAGCUCUGCGACCUGGCGUGGCACAAGGCGCUCGGCGGGUCAGAAGCAGAAGCAGGGGAAGUCCAGGGCUUGAUGGGCGAGGCAAUCAGGCUUGCUGCGGAGGCAAGAAAAGAACACUGCGAGAAGACGGGCCGAAGGGCAUUAGUUAGCCUGUCACUCGGACCGUACGGAGCGGCUUUGGCUAACGGCGCAGAGUACACCGGCGAUUACCCGUCCGCUGUCGACUUGGCCGACUUCCACGCGCACCGGCUGCGGCAGGCCAUGACAAGCCUAUGCUUCGACUCGGACGUCGACCUUGUCGCAUUUGAGACUAUUCCGCGACUAGACGAGGCGCAGGCGAUCCUUCAUGCGCUCGAGGCGGUCGCGAGGGAGCAAAAGGCGGAGAGAAAGCUACCCGCCGCGUACAUUAGCUUCGUCUUCCCACCAGAAGCCGACGGUCAGCUGCCCGGCAAUGGCGGUAAGCAUGGGGUCAAGGACGUCGUAUCACUUGUUGCAAAUCAGCAGCACAGCAAAUGGCCUAUAGCAGGGUUGGGUGUCAACUGUACAAAGAUGUUCAUCCUCGAGAAGGUCAUGCGGCAGCUCAGCGAGAUCGACUCCUCGGCAGGCUCGAAACACCUGCAUCUCUUCGUGAGCCCGAACCCUCCUUGCUUCCCCUCAUCUCACUCACUGACAUAGCUGCUCCCGUCUCGCCCAGCUGUACCCAGACGGCGGCCUCACGUGGGACGGGAUCAAUCGUUGUUGGCUGCCACCAGCAGCGGCUUCAUCGGGGAAGCAGAGCUGGGCGCAGUCGCUCCGCAGGGUGGCAGAGGAGGC